AAAUACCUGAAUCUCGUCGUUGUGAGGUCGGCCAUUACGGAGUGCGAAACAUAGCUCAGUGAAGUGCAUAUUUCUACGCGUAAAUAUUCUUACAAAACUCACAUACCACUUGCUGGAACUAUCGUCAUCUCAAAGACGCCAGUGUCCAGCAUUUUCGCUGAUUUUCGAACGUCGGGAAUACACGUAAAGUUCGAAAAAAGAAAAUUUGAUGGCGCUUGUGGAUUCGUGAGGCGAGGUGAAAGUCAAGUUUCGCGACACGGCGGAAAGCACAUACGUAACACUCUACUAGUUCCCUGCGUAAAACAAUGGCGUCUCGGGAAGAAGUUUUCGCCUGCUGCUGACUUCAAUGAAUGGAUGAUGAAAUUUUUUUGCAGCUCAAAUUUUAGCCAAUAGAAACGGCACUCAGCAUUUAAUUUUAUCAAAUUUAUGUCGGCUAGGUGGUAAACUAACGAAUCGUUAGUAGAAUCGGAAUACUCACAAUCAUUAUCAGCGUAAAAUUUACGAAAACCUGCACAGUAAGCUCUUACAGCGACUUCCACGAGCAAUAACAAAUCACUGCACUGUGGACGCCAUAUUGGAAAAUUUUCUCUUGCAACCACGCAUUUGUACAGUGCGACUUGCGAGUGUGGGCACUUUCGAGUGUAUGUGUGUGCCGUUAUUUAUUGCCAAGCUGGUCAGAGGAAUCGAAGUGAGGUGUUUUGUUUACAAGGAAUGUGAUUUUUUAAGUUGAAGAAAAUUUUGAAUCAAUAUUGUGGUUUUCAAGCUGAAAGUGUGCCGUGUUUGAUACCGCAAAAGAAUUACGGCAAUCCUCUGCUGACGAACGGUUUGGUAGCGUUCUGGUCUUUCAAUGGCGUCUGGAAGCGCUAGUGGAAGCACCAGUAGUAGUAGCAGCGGCAGCUUAGCAAAGGAUGAUUCCAAAUGGUACUUCACCUCGGAGCAGUUGGCCAAUUCACCCAGCCGCAAGUGCGGCAUGGACGCUGAUCAGGAACUUAUGUACAGACAGCGUGCGGCAAAUCUGAUCCAGGACAUGGGCCAGCGGUUGCAAGUAUCACAACUUUGCAUAAACACCGCAAUCGUGUACAUGCACCGGUUUUACGCAUUCCAUUCAUUCACACACUUUCAUCGGAACAGUAUAGCAGCGGCAUCUCUAUUCCUGGCCGCUAAGGUCGAGGAACAACCGCGAAAGCUCGAACACAUAAUCAAGGUCGUGCACAUCUGCUUAGGACUGGAACCACCCGAUCCGUUGAAGGAAAGCUACGCAGAGCAGGCACAGGAUCUGGUGUUCAACGAAAACGUUCUGCUGCAGACCCUCGGCUUCGAUGUGGCCAUCGAUCAUCCGCACACGCACGUCGUUAAGACGUGCCAUUUGGUUAAAGCUUCCAAAGAUUUAGCCCAAACAUCCUACUUCAUGGCGUCCAAUAGUUUACAUCUGACGACCAUGUGUCUGCAAUACAAACCAACAGUGGUGGCUUGUUUCUGUAUACAUUUAGCGUGUAAAUGGUCUCGAUGGGAGAUUCCCCAGUCGAAUGAAGGCCGUCAUUGGUUUCAUUAUGUGGACAAGACCGUUACUUUGGAUCAGCUCAAACAGCUGACGGACGAGUUCCUUCACAUCUUUGACCGAUGUCCGACUCGGUUGAAGAGCAAGAUGAAAUCAAUACGCGCUGACCAAGCACAAUCGGACGAUCCGAGUCGGAGAAGCGCAAGUAGCUCCUCCGGAAUUUCAGGGUCCUCGUCGUCUAUUCUGCGGGGCAUUGACGACGCUGGCUCGUCGUCCUCUAGUCACCACCGGUCAUCGUCGCAUUCACAACAUUCGCACUCCAAGCAGAGCUCUUCUAGUGGUGACCCGAUGCUAAAGGCUGCACAACCGAUAUCUUCCUCCAGCAAUAAAAUGUCAUCUUCCUCGAGCAGCUCUCGUUCCCGUGGCGAACGUCCAACUUCACAACAGCAGCAGCAAAUGUUGGCAAGUGGCGGUGGUGGCCACUACGGAACAAGUAGUGUUAUUGGUAAAAUGCAGUCUGCCCCACACCACAGCAGUAGUCGGUCCGGUAUACCGUUGCAGUCGUUAUCAACAUCGUCGUCGUCGUCAUCUUCGUCAUCGACACGUGCUGGUUACACCCAUGAAAGUACUCGUGACCCUAAAAAUCGCAUGAUACCUAACGCGGCUACUGGUUCUUCAUCAUCAUCAUCAGCGUCAUCGUCAUCGAUGCCAAUCAACCCGUAUAGCCAAAGCAAAAUGGAUCGCCACGGCAUCAGUCAGAAAGGUCAAUCGUUGUCGCAUGCGGAUGGCAAGAAUGUGACAAAGUCUCAAAGUUCCAUGAUGGCUUCCCUAUUCAGUAACAAUCCGGAAGUGAGCUCAAGAACAUCUUCUUCGUCGACCAUUAAACAGCCUCAGGUACCGUACGGGUUGCUUCCUCCAAGCUACAGUCAAACAAUGAGCGGUCGAAGCAAUAGUUUGCCCCAGACUGAAUCUAAUUCCGUCCCUAACCAGCAGUUGCAGCAGUUAAAAAAUCCGUUGCAACAAAAACAAUCAGAUUCCUCCUUCCGGCUAAUUGACGACAGCAACCGCUUGUCAGAUCCCAUGAACAUUUGCACCCCGCCUAAACAAGUAAAAUCUUCAUCGAUUUUCAGUCCUGAUUGGAAAGACACUCAGGCAGAUAAUUCUAGUGCUAACCUAAAUAACCCCUCCACCAACGCUGGUAGUGGUGGAAAGACUCGCAUACAGGGGCACCCAACAGGUAUGACAAAACCUGUAAAGGAAAGCCCAAGUAGUAGGGAAAAGAAACCCUCGUUGCCGCUGUUCUCGGACCAGAUGCAGCAGAAGCAACGUUCGGAAACACCGAAAAAAGAUCGACGGACAGAAAGCGGAUCCAGCGGGGGCCACCAGCAAAAAUCGGCUGAGAAAAAAUCAACUACCUCCUCCAGCUCGUCGAACAGUAGUUUGAAACGAUCGUUGGAAGCUCCUUCGUCUAUAACUGGUUUACUCACUAGCAAUACGAUCGAUACGAUCGAUCUGUUGGGCAUCAGUAAACUUCCCAGCAGCGAUAAAACGGGACAAGCACCGGUAAAACGUUCAUUGCCUAGCAGUGAUCAAAUUCGACACGACGACGGAACCGAUUUCCGGGAGUCAAAGGUACGGAAAAUGGAAGUAUCCUCUCCAUCGGACCAGUUAUUCGCAUCGUCAUUCGAUUUGGCCAACACUUUCGACAAACAGGAUGAUGGAUUUUCACUAUUUUCGUUCAAUGAUCCUGGAUCGCUGUUGUCGCAACCGUUGCUGAGUGAUUCUAAACCGAGCAGCAGUAAAAGCAUUUUCCCUAGUACGAUCAAUGGAAUCGAAACUAAUCCGGCUCUGGUUAGCAGUUUACUGAAGGAGAGCCUUUGCAGUAAUGAGAGCAAAUUCGGUACCCUCAGUAGUACUGCGAGCAGUACCGGCAACACAACGAUUGUAACUACUGCGUCGAGCUCGCUUGCAGGACCCGGUUCUUCAAUGUCGUCAAUAACUUCAUCCAAUAGUGCUUCUUUAACUUCUAGUAUGAGUUCAUCAUCAACAGUCAAUGUACCUGACGCGAUAAAAACCGAGCCCCCGCCAAUAGACGUGAAUGCUCCAUCGACAAUCAGUAGCAUACUUGCUCAACCUGUAACUUCGCUUCCCCCAAUUACUUCUACGUUGUCCACUACUGGCUCAAUGUUUGCUUCUGAGUCAUCUGUCGCGACUGUCGCUGUUCGAAAUGAAAUCCAGACUCUCACAGGCGAUGUACUCCAGGCUCCCUCCAGAGAUGACGAACAGCAUCGAAUCAAAACGGAAAAGAAGAAGAAAAAAGACAAACACAAGCACAAAGAGAAGGACAAAUCGAAAGACAAAGACCGCGAGGAGCGUAAAAAGCAUAAGAAGGACAAGGAUCGCCAUCGUGAACGCGACCGGGAAAAAUCUGAUCCCAGUACUGAACAAGCGCCGGGUCCGAUAAAGAUAAAACUUCCUAAGGAUAAACUGAAUCUCCCGUCGCUUUCGGAUGGAACGUCUGCAAGCAAUCCCCCACCAUCGGAUACUGGACUCAAAAUCAAAAUUCCAAAAGACCGAUUGUCUGGCUCGUCAUCGCUUGGUGCCCAAUCUACCGGCACAGUCUCGAGUGGAGGUAUUCCAUCGAGUUCAUCGAGCGGUUCAAUACCGGCGACUAGUUCACUCAAACUAAAAAUCUCAAAGGACAAAAUCGAACACUACAACAUCAGCACUGGUAGUGACAAUGCCCAUAACAAUGGUUCAGGUCAUGUACCGAGCACCGGUGGUAGCAGCAACACAAGUGGCCAUCAUGGUCACAGUAGCAAGAAGAGAGAUCGUGAAAAAGACCGUGAGAAGAACAAAAUGAGCAAAUCGACCGUUUCUGCCACUACGAUCGAUUACAACAAGCUAAACGGUAACGGAGGCGGUAAUGUAACAGUUGGUGGACAGUCUGGGAAUAUAUCCAGCAAAUCAGUUUCCAACAAGCACACUGUCUCAUCCGCACAACAGCAGCAAUUUUCCGCUUACGGUGUCAACUCAACUAAGGUAGCCGCAGUCCCACAUCACCCAGCCAGUUUCGAUUAUAUGCAACAUGCACAGGCCCCAACACUUCAGCAGCAGCAACAGUACUUUAAUCAGUUCAGUACAUUCAAUGUCCAGCAGCAACAACAGCAACAGCAGCAGCAACAACAAAUGAUGGUUAAUAGCAAUGCUGCAAAGAUUCCUAGUAACGUACUAACGCCUUAUUACUACAACUCUAGUAAUCAGAACAAUGGUAGCAGUUCUGCCAAAAAAUAGCUUUUCGCAACUGUUUGGAUGCUUUCAUAGCUAGGACAUGUAAAAAUGUGUAUACAAAUUAGACCUUCUAUAUUUGCUCUUUCAAGUUAAGUUUUUCCCCUUGCCUUAGGCGUUUUUCUAGCUUUUCAAAACAAUACUAUAAAUAAUGUAUGUUUUAUUUAAUUUAAUCACUGUUUUACCAUUCUAUUAAACGAAACAUACUACAUAGAAGUUAAAUGAGACUCUACUAAAUGCCCAUGAAGCAAUAUUUAUAGUUUCGAUAUUCUAUCAUGUGAAUGUGUACUUGAAAAUACUGAACAGUGGAAGAGUAAAGUAAUUACUGUCUUGCAUAACAGCAUGGCGAACCAUCUUGUUCGCCUAAUUACAAGUAGCAUGAUUCGAUCAACCAAAUUUGCCUUUUUCAUGGUAUGCAUCACGAAAAGGUUAACUACACGUUAAUAAUAAUGAUUAUAAUAAUGAACACCAUAUGAUAGUUAAUGAUUAACAUGCAAAGCAAAAAUUAUAUAACUGAACAAAUUGCAGAAACAUCUAGAGCAAAAAGAAAAGUCUGAAUCUGAAAAGCGAACACUUCAAACCAGCAACAUAUAGAACCUAUUAGCACCAGGUCUGAAUUUCCUGAAUUUCGUGAAACUAAAAUACUAAACCUACUGGUUAUCAAUAUCUGAAACAGAGUUGUAUGUAGCUAGGAAAUAUUGCAUUGCGUUACCGUUCAUUGUACACUUCGACUGAGCAGUGAACAUAUGUCCGGGCAACCGACGGAACUCCGUAAAUAAUUAAAGGCUCAUUUGCUGCAGAAUGUUA